AUGGCACCUCAGUUCGGGGCGACUUUCGUGCCCGGAGGCUUCGAUGAUUACUACCUGCCCGAGGUCGUGGCCCCUUCUCCGCAGAGGGUCACCCCUCAAGUUCCCCAAAAUAUGCAAGAUGACUUGCAGCGCCUAGAAUUAGAGGCCACAGAUAGUGAAAAGCGAGAAACUCGCGAAGCCCCGUCACAAUACGGCCGACAACCAUCGCUGUCUACAAUCACGCCACAUCACUCUUACCCCCAAACUGAUCAGUCAAGAGUGCCAAACACGGUUGCGACCGAAGUCGACAGCGAUAUAACGGCAUACAAAGAUACCGAGGGUCGGGCACAGCGACUUGACACCAUGGGGCGCGAUGCCCCGUCUUUUUCUCCGUUUCCCAAGGUCGCUGGCGACAACAUUCCUCCGGCCGAUGAUUCAAAAGAGGAAAUUCUGUGGAAUGCUCGCAAACACGUUUUGCAUUCGCAGGAUGUGAGGAUGCAGAUCAGCUGGGCUGGGGACGUCCUGAUCUGGGCCGAAAUUGCUAUGGAUGCCGUGGCACGAGAAUCUGCAGAAAAACCCCGGCCAGCUACACCUCGCAUCGAACACGAACUACGACUAGACGCGCUGAAUAUCGUUAAUUACUUGGCCGGACAGGAGCACCCCCAGGCUUUGUACAUGCGCUCCAAGUGGCUAGAGUUCGGCAAGUUUGGACACCGGGUCGAUAAACGUGAAGCGUAUAGCGGCUACAAGCGAGCAGCAGAGCUAGGGAACGCAAGAUCUGAGUAUCGCAUGGGCAUGCUUUAUGAGCAGUCCAACGACAUGUCCAAAGCCAAAGAGCACUACUACAAAGGCAUGAGCUUGAAGGACUCGGCAGCCCUAUAUCGUAUGGGCAUGAUGAGUCUCCUUGGGCAGCACGGUGAGACCAAGGACUACGCUGUCGGGCUGGAACGUAUUCGGGCUGCCGCAGAUAGCUCUGAUGAGGACGCGCCACAAGGUUCAUACGUGUACGGCAUGUUGGUAGGCCGCGACUUGCCAGACAUCAACGUCCCCGACGGUCUGCUGCCGUAUAAUUUGGAGACAGCCAAAAUGUAUGUUGAGAAAGCGGCGUAUCUCGGGUUUGCCAAAGCCCAACUGAAGAUGGGUCAAGCUUACGAACUCUGCCAACUCGGUUGCGAGUUUAAUCCGUCCUACUCGCUGCAUUACUAUGGCUUGGCCGCCAAACAAGGACUUCCAGAAGCUGCUCUCGGCGUCAGUCGAUGGUUUUUGUUUGGCUACGAAGGUGUAUUCAAGAAGAACGAGGAGCUCGCUUUCAAGUAUGCACAGGAAGCUGCUGCCGCUAGGCUUCCAACUGGCGAGUUCGCUAUGGGUUACUAUUACGAAAUCGGCAUCCACGUGAACCAGAGUAUCCCGGAUGCGCGAAAAUGGUAUCAGCUCGCAGCCGAUCAUGGAAACAAGGAUGCCAUUGGCCGUCUGGAAUCUCUCAGUCAUGACAAGAGCCUCUCGAAACAAGACCACGAGACGACGACCUUAACACGAAUCAAGUCUCAGCACGGUUCCCAGAGAGGCAAGCGACCAGAUCGUUUCAAGCAGCCUCAACAUAUGCCCACACUGAGUGAAACGACACCGCUUUCGCCAACAGACAAUAAACCACACCUCUCACAACCGGCGUACACAAAAUCUCAUUCGGCAACGGCUUCGCCGCGUCUAUCUCCUCAGCCGUCUCCUGGCAUCAAACCAACCAUUGUUUCGGAGCAGGCAAACCUCCCGGAUCCAUCAAGGGCCUCCCUCGUGGGGACUGAUCGACCUCAAGCAUUUAAUAUCAGACUCGAAGGAAACGCACCGCAGCCCAUGCGUUCGCACUCCGCGGCACCGUAUCCAGAUGACGAUAGGCCCGCACCUCUUAACGUGAACCGCCCUCAUUCCACAGCGCCAUAUCCUGAAGACGACGUUCCGGCGCCGUCUAGAAGAAGAUACGCUCCCGGUCUGCAGCCUGCUCAUGGCCCGCAAGCAGAUAGACCAUCAAGUGCCUUUGGUAUCAAGCCUCAGUCUGCUGGGCCGCGUCCCAUUCCCAUAUCCCACUCGACAGGUAGUUUGCAGCCUCCUGCACAAGCCGGUCCUCCUCAAAGCCGAGUUGCGUCUGCCGGGUGGGAACCUCAGGGUCAUCCUGGCGCGUACAGACAACCAAGCCCUGGACCUGGUUUAAGCGGUCAACGGCCUCAUCCCGGUGAUCCCAUGUAUGGUCGAUCAGACAGCGCUCAGCCUCCCAUUAGCGGAAACAUGGCUGGCGGGAAGUUACAGAAACAACCCGGCCAACAGCCAUACUCCUCGGUAUCGCCAACUAGCGCCGAUUUCGGGCGAGACUAUGGACCCCGUACAUCAUCACGCCCUGCGUCGGAGAUGCCACCACAGCAUGACCUGAGAAAUAAUUCCCAUGGUUAUGAGCGAUUUUCCAGAGUGCCAGGAGCCACAGGUCGCCCUGAAAGACUUAGUUCCCUGCCACCACAGGAUACCCAUCAGCCGCCGAGAGUGUCGACGGGCUUUGGACAAACAACAUCUAGCCAACAUCGGCCUGGCCCUGUGUCCGGCAAACCAGCAAGUGCUCCGCCAAAUGCCACGGGAAAGCGACCCUCUGAGGCGAAUCAUCCGUCUGGUCCCGCUACUCAAAGUGCUGCAAGCGCCCCUGCAAAGCCUGCCAAAGGACCUGCAACGUUUGAAGAUAUGGGAAUUCCACAGGGGAAGCAAGAUGGCGACUGUGUCGUAAUGUGA